GAGAGUAUGAUCUCGACUCGAAGCCCUAACCUAAUUUCUCCUCCUUCCUCAAUCCUCUCAUCAUCGAUCUUUCGUUUCUUUUCCCCCUCUUUUCUCGAAUCCAUCAUCUUCCAAUGUGCCGGAAGAAGCGAAAGUAGCAGUGCAGGAUCUUGGAAACACAUAUCAGAUUGUAGUGGUCCGGAGGUGAUAUUUUCCGGCCAACCAUUUUCAGUCUGGUGAGAAAUUUGAAUGCUCUGGAUACACUAAACUGGAGGGAUGGUCAAUGUAACAGUUUGUGUGAGGUUUAGACCCUUGAGUCUUAGUGAGAAAAGACUUCAUGGCGAUAGUAUCUGCAUUCAGGCUUUGAACACUCAGUCUUUUACAUUCAAGGAUGAGAAGGAAGAAGAUAUUACAUUUUGCUUUGACAGAGUCUUCUAUCAAGAUUCUGAGCAAGUAGAUGUCUAUGACUUUCUUGCUAUGUCGAUAAUUGAAGGGGCUGUGAAUGCAAUAAAUGGAACCAUUAUCGCUUAUGGACAGACUGGAGCUGGGAAAACAUACAGCAUGGAAGGCCUUGGUGUCUUAGAUGGAGAUCGAAACAAGAAAGGAUUGCUUCCACGCGUUGUUGAUGGGAUUUUUGAAUUCCUGCAAUCUUUGGUGGAAAUGACUAAGUGGACAGUCAAGUUGUCAAUGGUUGAGAUUUAUAUGGACAAAAUAAGGGAUCUUUUUGAUUUAUCAAAGGAUAACAUACAAAUUAAGGAGAAUAAGUGCCAAGGCAUAUUUCUUUUGGGAGCAACUGAGAUCCCAAUCACAAACUCUACAGAAGCCUUGCAGUGCCUUUGUCAUGGAAUUGCCAAUAGAGCUGUUGGUGAGACACAAAUGAAUUUGGCCAGUAGCAGGAGCCAUUGUGUCUACAUAUUUUCAGUUCAGCAGGAAUCUAGAACAAAUGGAAGGUCGAAAACUGGAAAAAUUGUUCUUGUGGACUUAGCUGGUUCUGAGAAAGCUGAUAGAACUGGUGCUGGUGGAAUAGUCCUUGAAGAGGCCAAGAGCAUAAAUAAGUCCCUCUCAGCACUAGGGAAUGUGAUUAAUGCUCUGACAGCUGGAAAAGUGAACCAUAUUCCUUACAGGGAUUCCAAACUUACCCGGAUUCUGCAAGAUGCACUAGGUGGAAACUCCAGAACUGCUUUGCUUUGUUGCUGCUCGCCUAGCCCAUCAAAUGUUUCAGAAAGCCUCUCCACACUUCGGUUUGGAGCUAGGCAUGUUCGGGAAUUAUUAAUUUCUUACUGCAGGGCAAAGCUUCUAAAAUCUUCACCAAGAGCCAACAUGAGUGAUGCAAAGGACAACAUGGAACAGAUUAUUGAUUGUGAAUCUCUAGACUACAAAAGUGAAAAACUAUUGGAAAAGCUAAGGCAGAAUCUCAAUGAGGAAGAUGUUGACAUGUUGGAUGAGUUGCUUACACUGGAGGGAAUCUUCUUUGAUCCUCAAUCGACUGAAGAAAUUGAAUCAGCAAUUGAAGAUGUAACCAUCAGAACAAUUUCAGCAUUGCAUCAAGCAGUUGAAGAUCUUAAGGACAGAAAUGACAUGCUGAUGAUGGAGAAUCAUACUCUGAAAGCUGACCUCACAGCUGCUCGGCUAGCUCUAAACAAUGCCAACACUGUCCCAAAUGCAUCUUUGUUUGGCAAAGCCAGAGAACUUUUGAUCUCAUAUCUACCUUCAUUUAACUUCACUCUGAGAAGGUACAGUUGAUCAACACCGUAAGAUUCUGAGAUCGCAUCUCGUCCUCGCCACUUAUUAUACGUUAGAAAAAAAAAAUCUGAUUUAUGGUUUUUCAUUGUCAUUUUUCUUGGGCUCCAACUCGCA